AUGGAGCACCGCGCCGCUCUGACGCCCUCCACCUGCAAGACCCUGCUCGACCGUGGAUUCAAGAUCACUGUCGAGCGAUCCCCCGAGCGCAUCUUUGAUGACGAGGAAUACGAAAAGGUUGGAUGUCACAUAGUCCCCUUUGGAGAGUGGCGCAAGGCGCCUAAGGAGGCAUAUAUCGUUGGACUCAAGGAGCUCCCUGAGGGCGAGACCCAUCCUCUGCACCACACCCACAUCUUUUUCGCCCAUUGCUUUAAGAACCAGGGAGGCUGGACCGAAAUCCUAGGACGCUUCGAUGCCGGCAACGGAACCAUUCUGGACCUCGAGUUCUUGAAUGAUUCCAACGGACGCCGUGUCGCCGCUUUCGGAUACCAUGCUGGAUUCGCAGGAGCCGCUAUUGGAGUCGAUGACUGGUGCCAUCAGAAGCUGAACCCUGGCCAGCCCUUGCCUCCAUACAAGCCUUUCCCCAACGAGGCUGCUCUGAUCACCUACAUCAAAGAGCGCUUGACUCGCGCAGUCGAGGUUAACGGGGGCAAGAUCCCUGAGGUCAUGGUCAUGGGCGCAUUGGGACGCUGCGGAAGUGGCGCCUGCGACUUUGCUCGCGCUGUUGGUAUCCCUGAGGAAAAGAUCAUCAAGUGGGACUUGGCCGAGACCAAGGAGGGAGGACCCUUUCCCCGCAUUCUCCAGUCCGAGAUCUUUGUCAACUGCAUCUACUUGAACAAGCCCAUCCCUCCAUUCUUCACGCCAGCAAUGCUCGACGGAGAGCGCAACAUGUCCGUCAUCGUCGAUGUUUCCUGCGACACCACCAAUCCCCACAACCCUAUCCCCGUUUACUCUGUCAAUACCACGUUUGAUAAGGCUGUUGUUGACGUCCCAACCAAGAAUCCUCUUCCCCUGGAUGUCUGCUCUAUCGAUCACUUGCCCACCUUGCUGCCAAGGGAGUCGAGCGAGGCCUUCUCAAGAGACCUGUUGCCCACAAUCAUUGAUCUGGAGCAUCGUGAGAAGAGCAGUGUCUGGGAGGGCGCGGAAAACCUCUUUAACGAGAAGGUCCAGGCCAUGAGGUCUGUUAGGUAA